AUGGCGUUUAAGCUCGGGCGGUUAAAUCUGGGCGCCGUCGCGCAGGGGGUGGGAGGCCUCGUCUUCGGAAGCGGCGACGACCAAGAAGACGACGGCGGAGUGGAGCGGCUGCUGGAUCGCAUCAGCAAUGGAGUACUCGCAGAGGAUCGCCAGUCCGCCAUGGCCGACCUGCGCGACGUCGUCACGGACAGCCCUGUCGCACAGCAGGCGCUGGGAGCUAUGGGUAUCCCUGUGCUGCUAUCCGUAUUGCGGGAGGACCGAGAGGACGUGGACCUGAUUCGGGGAGCUCUAGAGGUGCUGGUGGCAGGGUUGGCAGCAGGGGCAGGAGGAGGGGCCGCGGCGGAGCAGAGGGAGUGGGGCCAGCAGCAGCAGCGGGUGGCGCCAGGGGUGAUCAACUCGGAGCUCUUCGCACGCGAACCGCACAGCAUCGCAUUGCUGUUGGCAUUGCUGGAGGAGGAGGACUUUUACAUUCGCUACCAUACCGUACAGCUGCUCACUAUCCUGCUCUCCAACUGUCCGCACAGGCUACAGGAGGCCAUAUUGGUGAUACCACAGGGCGUGGGGCGGCUCAUGGAUAUGAUGGCUCUGAACGAGCGAGAGGUGAUUCGCAACGAGGCUCUCGUUCUCAUGAUCAACCUCACACGCUCUGCCGAGGAGAUUCAAAAGAUAGUGGUAUUCGAGGGCGCCUUUGAGCGAGCACUCAACAUCAUUCGCGAUGAGGGAGGGGCGGAUGGGGGCAUCGUCGUACAGGACUGCAUAGAGCUCAUCAACAACCUUCUCCGAUCCAACCCGGCGCUGCACUGUGUGCUGCGGGUGGCGCUGCGAGCGAGUACGAUGAGAGAGAGCUCUGCUGCUGACUACGUCAUUCGGUGCUUCUGUGAGGGCAACAGCGAGGGCCAGACCAUGCUGGCGUCCACCAUCACUCCUCUGCCACAAGGCGUCGCGGGCAAGGGCAAGCGAGGAGGAGGAGGUGCAAUGGGGGCCGAUGCUGCUGAUGAUGUGGCUAACCUCACGUUUGGAGGCAUCUUGGUGCGAGCACUGAUUGCCGGUCAGAGCGAGCAAGCUCUGGAGGGGAGCUGCAGGGCAGCCAGCGUGCUCUCGCACCUCCUCACGGGCAACUCAGCAGCCAAGGAGCGAGUGCUGCGCAUCCCCCUGCAGAUCCCCACCUCCGCCCUCGCCCCUCCGGAGCUUCUCAUGCCGCGCAUCAUGCGUUAUCUCGCUGCUGCUGCCGCCCCUCCCUCUCCUCCCCUUCCCACCUCCUCGCACCCGCACUCGCACCACCAUUCGUCGUCUUCUCACUCCCUCUACUCCUCCUUCGCCUCGUCGUUUUCCUCCUUCGCCUCCUCCCCUUCCUCUUCCGCCUCCUCCUCCUCCCCGUCGGCCGUCUGGCUGCAACCCGUGCUGCUCCGCCUGCUGCUGACGUGGCUCUCCGACUGCCCACCAGCUGUCGCCGCAUUCCUCGCGCCGCCCGGCCACCUGCCGUUCCUCAUCGGCCUCGUCAGCGCCGCCAGCUCAGCAGCAGCCGCCGCCGCCGCCGCCGCAAUGCCAGGUGGCGGCACGGGAGAGGACGGGGAGGGGCACGGGGAAUCAAGCGGGGGAGGGUACGGGGAUGGAUAUUCUGAUGGGUACGACGCAGCAGGUGACAGGAAACGAAGCGGAGGAGGUGGAGGAGAGUUGGACGGGAGAGGGGCAGACGAGGCAGCAGCAGCAGCAGCAGCAGCAGGAGGAGCAGGAGCAGGAGCAGGAGCAGGAGGAGCAGGAGGGGUGGCAGUGCAUGUGGGGGGUCUAUCCUCACUCGUUCUAGGCGCCUGCGUUGUUUUCAAUGAUAACACAGGCCCCACCGAUGCAGCCACAGUGGUGGAUAUAAUCACUCAGCGCAUCGGCCUUGCAGCUUUUUUCGCCCGGAUAGAGGAUUUGAAACGGGACCCGUACUUUCUUGCAGGGGGAGCGGGGCCACGGCCCCCGAAGCCGCUCACGAGAAGCACUGCUGCUGCGGAGGCAGCUGCUGGGGGAGCGGGAGGGGGAGCGGGGGGAGCAGGGGGGGUUAGGUCUGGGGAAGGGGGCGGCAGCAGCAGCGGUAGCAAACGCAGUGAGAUAGCGGAGGAAGGAGGGUCUGGUUCUGCUGCCACAUCUUCUGCUGCUGCUGGGCUCGCAACUGCUGGGCUCGCGACAGCAGCCAGUCGCGUGCCGCCUGUUUCUAGUGCGUCGAGUUUGGAUUUUGAGCCGCCCAUUGCUUCGUUUUACGACCGGGAGUUUGUGCGGUCGGUGCUGGUGCUGGAGGAGGCAGUGCGGUUGAGAGUGGUGCAGCUGUUUUCGAUGCCGAGAGGCGGGGUCACAGCAUCAGGAGCUGCAGGUGCGUCCCUCUCUGCCCUCUCCACCGCACUCCACUCCUUUCAGCUGCAGUUAAGAUCUUUCCGACUUCUGAUCUUCCACUCCCCACCCCAACCCCACUCACAGCACCUGCGGAGUCGCAACGUUGCCCUUGCAAAGGAUGCAAUCCAACUCGCCUCUUGUUACCCCCUGUUUCCCAACCCCUUCCCUCUCCCCAAUCCCCCCCAAUUCACCCCCCUACAGCACCUGCGGAGUCGCAACGUUGCCCUUGCAAAGGAUGCAAUGCAACUUGCCCCGCAAUCCCCUUCCUCUGGCGCCGGCGACCAAUCACAGGCUGCCACGUCAGCAGACAGCACGGGCGGUGCGAGCUCGGCGCCGACUCACGCUGAGCUGGAAGCCGCCCGGCGCCAGCUGGCGGAAGCGGAAGCGAGCGUGGCGACGCUGAGAGGGGAGCAGGAGACACUUAUGAGCGAACUCGUGCAGGUGCGGCAAGUGGCAGCAGGGAAAGAAGCAGACCUGCAAGCUCUAUCCAUGGCCUACCACAGUCUAGAGCAGGAGAAUCUCAGACUAGAAGGGGAGGUGAAAUCCCUCCAAUCCAACACAGAAACCCUCCGAGCCAGCCUUGCUUUGGCCGAAGCUGCUGCCGCCGCUGCCGGCUCGGGAGCUGCGGCAGGGGCGGGAGCAGGCGGGGGGGUGCCCGAAGCUGAGGUGGAGGAGCGGGUGGAGGCGGCUCGGCAGGAGGCUCGGGAGGAGGCGCAGCGGGAGAGUGAGACGGAGUUGAAUGAUUUGUUGGUGUGCCUGGGGCAAGAGGAGAAGAAGGUGGAGGUGCUAAGAGGGAGGCUGAUUGAACUUGGGGAGGAUGUGGAUGCUUUGAUGGAAGGGAUAGUGGAGGGAGAGGAGGGGGGCGGGGAGGAGGAGGAGGGUUAA